GAAAGGUUAUUAUAAUUUCCAAAGAUGGAAGCCUUUUCCUCGCGCGCGAUUCUCCUCCUUUUCUCGAGCGCGUUCGCGUCGGCCCAAAGCGGGAAACUUCGAAGCGUCUCUAAUACCCCGUUUGGCCGCCAUCGUGUUGCAUUUGGAAACGUCGGCUCAGCUCAAUCCCCACUUAAAAGGCAUCCAAACGCCACCACAACAAAAGCAAUAGUGAAAGGAGUCUGGCGUGCGCAUUGCGCCAUGGAAGAGGUUAAGUCCACGUCAGCUUGGGUCGCAGCUCGUUCUUCUCAUGUCUUCGUCGAAUCCUCAGGACUUGAGAAAGUAGUGGAUGAAAUUCAAGCUUCAAUACCAAAAGUGGAAUGGGAUUUUGAAGGAAUUCACUUUUUUGAUAAUGGGCCACUCACGGUUCAGUACCUGUUUGUUUUGGAUGCAUUAAACUUCUGCUUUUGGCCAGACAAGGACCUCAAGUACGACAAUUUAGCUUCAGGGCUGAAGGCGGCUUUGGAAAAUGACAAAUCUGCCUUUGAUGCCGAUCGUCUACAAAGCUACACUGGUCCUCAACUGCGCAAGAUGUUGAACUGGUCUCGCCCGCUUCCCUUGGAGGAUGAACGCAUCCGCCUUCUGCAUGAGGUUGGAUUGGAACUUGAGAGAAACUUUGAGGGAAAAGCAACGAAUCUUGUGGAGGCUUGUGGAAAAUCUGCUGUUUCUCUUGUUGCCCUGAUUACGCGUCAUUUCCCUGGCUUUCGAGAUCACACACUGUACAAAGGUCACCAAGUUUUCCUAUACAAAAGGGCGCAGAUAUUUGCAGCUGAUGUAUGGGGCGCCUUCAAGGGACAAGGAUAUGGCAGUUUCAAUGACAUCAGUUCGAUUACUAUUUUUGCGGACUACAUUGUCCCUGCAGUCCUUCGGCAGCUUGGUGUGUUGAGAUACAGUUCAGCCUUAGCUAGCGUUAUUGAUGCUAAUGAUGAAAUAUGUUCAGGUAGUGAGGAGGAAGUUGAGAUACGAGCUUGCACUAUUUAUGCUGUGGAGAAAAUGAAGGAUUUGAUCAAGAAAAAGUCCGGAAAGCAGGUGCUGAGUGUAGAGUUGGAUCUCUGGCUCUGGUCUGUUGGUGUUCAAUGCCCAUCUUUGCCGCACCAUCGGACACUCUCUACAUACUAUUGAAAAGAUCCGAUGCUCUUUUGACCUGGUCAUGACUUCUUUGGUCUAAGAGAGGAAAUCCAUUACAUGGAAUCGCAAUGUAAGACUCUUCCUACAACAGUAAUUAGAAGUUCGAGAUGCCGCCUGUCGUCUUUUGAGCCGUUGUAGAAAGGUUUGUGUUUCCAUCCCUCAAAUUUUGGUAGAAGGGGUAUUUAUUUACUAAUUUUGAUAUUGAAUAUUUAUUCGAUAACUUAGAAAUUAAAGGAAUAUCAUGCAACUUGCACAUGA